CAUGUUCAUGUGUGUUGUAAGUAGGCCUGUGUUUGGCUUGGAUGGCCAAACCAAUAUUUGAUGGAAAGUUGGGUAUUUUUCCUUUUACUGAAGUGUUUGCAGCAAAAAGAAAAUCCAAGAAUAGGCCUAAAAGGCAAACUUGAGACUAAACCAAUCCAGUCAGUCAAUAAGAGUGUGAUGAGGGACUGCAUUAUCCACAUGAUUGUGCCAGCAAUUAAGGCCAAGUGGUCUGAGUGGGCAUGCAAAGAGAUCUACACCCAGCAAGACAAUGCCACACCCCACAUAUAUGAUGUGGAUGCUGAAUUUGAGGCUGUUGCCAUUUGUCAACCACCCAAUUCACCUGACACCAACAUUUUAGACUUAGGGUUUUUCAGGGCCAUUCAAACACUGCAGCACGAGAAACCAUGCAAUAGUGUUGACACAUUGUUAGAGAAAGUGUGUAGCUCUUAUGCAGCGCUGUCACCACAAACCCUAAACAGGGUAUUCCUCUCAUUGCAGGCUUGCCUCACAGAGAUCAUGGUAUUUAGGGGUGUGAAUAAUUAAUUACAAGGUCCCUCACAUUAACAAGGACAGGUUGGAAAGAACUGUGGGACUGCCCAAUGCACUGGAUGUGGAUGAGGAGCUUGUGAGAGAUGUGUUGGAGUACUUACAGCAAUCAGAGAACAAUGCAGGUUGUAGAUAUGACAUUAGGGCUUUGGCUACUGCUUUUGGAUUCAAGAUAGAUAGUGGAAGUGUUUUGGUAGUAAGGCCUUCAUGUUUUUGGUCAGUAAAGUCUGAUAUUUUGUGUUUUGUAUGUAGAAAUAGUAAAAAGAACAUGGAA